AUGGUCAGGCAUUCCUGGGAAGUGGCUAAAAAUGAUCUUUAUGCCGCUUCAGCUACCCUGCUAACAUCCAGCUCUGCAUCCUCGCCCCCCCCGGCGGGAAUCACAUCGACAUCCCCCACGGGGGCAACGCUCUCCACGGCUGAGACCCCUCACUCGCCCACCAAGGGGGCAACGCUCUCCACGGCUGAGACCCCUCACUCGCCCACCAAGGGGGCAACGCUCUCCACGGCUGAGACCCCUCACUCGCCCACCGAGAUAAAGUCAACCACAACGGAAGCCACCCCUGAGCCCAGGACAACGGGAAAGCCAUCGCCUACCCCCAGUGGCGCUCCCAGUACGACAACCACUUCAACACCUCCCCUUCCAUUAAGGAUAUUUAAUGUCAGCUUCCACAUCACCAAUGAGAAUUUCAGUGCCGCUUUGGAGAACUCAGCUAGCCGUGAAUACAUCGAACUGAAAAGGAAAAUCGGAAGCAUGGUGAGUGCCCAAAUGGUUGAGCUCUCUGCUUGCCGCAAACAGGUCAGACCUCUUCCCAAGCUUCAGGUGCUGCUCUUUUCCGAGUUUAUUUCCAAACUGGAGUGGAAGCGGACCGUUGUUCAGAUUCGGUAUAACAGCAUUUACAACUGUAGCACGUGCUCACUGGGUUACGCAGGCUUCACCCUAAUCGCAUUCAGACCAGGUUCUGUCGCAGUGGAUUCAGAGUUAUCAUUCGAAAGCAAAAACAUGUCAGCGAAGGACGUAGAGCAUCGUUUGAAUACAGCAGACAACGCGAGCAGGGCAAAUUUAACAUUGGACAGAGUGACAGCUACCCUGCUAACAUCCAGCUCUACAUCCUCGCCCCCCCCGGCGGGAAUCACAUCGACAUCCCCCACGGGGGCAACGCUCUCCACGGCUGAGACCCCUCACUCGCCCACCAAGGGGGCAACGCUCUCCACGGCUGAGGCCCCUCACUCGCCCACCAAGGGGGAAACGCUCUCCACGGCUGAGGCCCCUCACUCGCCCACCAAGAUAAAAUCAACCAUAUCUGAAGCCACCCCUGAGCCCAGGACAACGGGAAAGCCAUCGCGUACCCCCAGUGGAGCUCCCAGUACGACAACCACUUCAACACCUCCCGUUCCAUUAAGGAUAUUUGAUGUCAGCUUCCACAUCACCAAUAAGAAUUUCAGUGCUGCUUUGGAGAACUCAGCUAGCCGUGAAUACAUCGAACUGAAAAGUAAAAUCGGAAGCAUGUAUAACAGCAUUUACAACUGUAGCACGUGCUCACUGGGUUACGCAGGCUUCACCCUAAUCGCAUUCAGACCAGGUUCUGUGGCAGUGGAAUCCCAGAUACUCUUCCAAAACAAGGACAUGUCAGCGAGGGACAUAGAGCAUCGUUUGAAUACAGCAGACAGCGCAAGCAGGGGCGGGUUAAUUUUGGACAGAGUGACAGUAACGUCCACGUCCCCCGGUCCGACAUCUGCCCCUAAGACGGUCCCAGGCUGGGGCAUCGCUCUCCUUGUCCUCGUUUCCAUCCUUGUCUUCUUCCUGAUUCUCGGAUUAUUGGUGCUGCUCAUCCACUGGUGUCGAAGGAACCAACGUGGAAACAUGGAAUUGCUGAGCAACCACGAAGCGUACCACCCCAUGAACGAGUACCCCACUUACCAGACCCACGGCCGGUACAUGGCCCCCGGCAACAAGCAGAACCCUUACAAUGAGGUGAGCCUCAAGCAUACCCCAACGUUCUCCAAACCGGAAGCCAUUGAGAUCCCUACAACACAACCCAAAAAUGGCACGAGGCCCUUCUCUUACACCAACACUGCCAUGGCCAACGAUGACCUGUAG